CAGUUGCCCGCCGAUUAUCGUGCCGCACUUACACUAGGUCCGAAAGUGACAAAGGAUAGACUAAUUCAAGGAUGUAUGCGAAUGCGCAGGCUGGGUAAGGGACAAUCUGUCUUAUUUCUCGCCCCUCCAGAUGUGGAUCGCAAAAUUCGCAAGCUCUCCAAAAAGAUCCACGGAGAACGAAUUGGUGUAUACGACGUUCUUUCCUGGUCCAUCAAGGAGACAUGUGUCAGCCUAAGGCGUGAUAGUUGUGAUUGGAGAGAGCAAGGCAUCCGUUACAUGGACAGGCAAUGUGCAUGA